UCGGCACAGUACGCGCCCAGCGCCUACGCGGUUCGUCGCGGUGCUCCGUCGUGCUCGUUCGUCGUCGUCGCUGGUGGUGCAUACAGUUUUUUUUUUCUUCUCGUCGAGUCGAAUUUUUCGAGUAACUCGUGCGUGUCCAUCGACGGGCAAGGGUGGCCGAGCAGGAGAGAGAAAGAGAGAAAGACUGGAACGAGUAGACGUCGUUUCAGUUCGCCCGCAACCGCCGCCGCAGCCGCUGGUGUCGCCGUUCUUUUCUCGAACCGGCUCGCGACAAAUCGUCUUUUGCUCUUUGCGUCGGUGCGUACAGUGGUGGAAGAAGAACCGUCUGGCCACGGGAUUUUACACGUUCGCGAAUACUGGCUGCCGCGACUCUCUGUCUGGCUUCCGGAGCUGGCUCUCCACGUUCCGCUAGGUAACGCUUUCCCAGUUCUGAUAUUCUCUGGCAUUCGAAUUCGUGGACUUAAAACAGUUCAGGCUGGUCAGCAUGAUAUGAUAGCAGCGACCCAAGCAAUCUCCCCUGAAAGAUGAAGAAUCCUUACCUGCUCGCGUGCUUCCUGCUGCUGCCUCUGGUGCUGGGGCUGACCCUGCAGGAGGACGAUCUGGUGUUCGACGACAUCGGCGAAGACAGCUCCAGCUCCAGCACCGCGGCCACCGUGAACAGUCGUCGUUUCGACCUGGCGUUCGACGAUGUCGGCGAAGACGGCGCCAGCACAGCGGCCACCGCGAUCAAUCGUCGAUUCAACGACCUGAGAACGAGCUGGCGUGACCAUAAACGGCCGUACGACACCGACAAGCACCAGGUCGAGAGGCUGUGGGGCGUGCCCCACGUCGUGGUCCCGGUCGGCCACGUACUCAAGCUGAGGAUCCCCCAGCAACCUUUCACCGAACCCGCGGAUUAUUAUCAGCUGGUAGACUCGAAUGGAAAACAGCUGACGCGAUGGCUGUACUGGGACGACGCGGCGUCGACCCUGUUGGGCGUGCCGUCGAAAAAGGACGUGGGUAGUCAUCGGUUGAGCAUCAAGGCCAUCGGAAUGCACGGGGAGACCGUGAAGGACCUGUUCGUCGUGCAGGUCGUUCCCGAGAAGCACGAGGAACUGAAGCACAGGGAUGGAAAGACCCACUGCAACAAAGGGGAGGAUCAGACGCUCUUGACGUUGUUUCUGGACACGAGGUUCGACAACCUCUCGCCGUUGGACCGAGUCAAUACCAUCGAUAAUCUCGCUGGAUUCUUGGGACUUCACGUGAGCGCGUUUUCCAUGCACCCUCAAAGCGCCAAAGAGAACUUGAACAUGGACAGCUCGGUGAUCCUCAGCGGACCUGGAAACGCGAAACAUCGUAAAGAGAAACACCUCACCGCGGUACAGUGGCAGGUCGGUUGCGAUGAUCAUUUGUGGAGACAUCAGACGGAUUUGGUGAAGCGAUUGCGGGAUCAAGCGAGGGACGGAACACUGGCCGAGGUUAUGCAACAUCCGGUCUUACUGUGGCGCGUGAAGACGGAUAUGAGCCCCUUGUCGAGGAAUCGCAGGGACGUUGGUUCCGGAAACUUCGAAUACGACGAAUACGACGAGGAUUACAACGACGAGUACGAUGAUGACGAGAAGGACAGCGAGGACGACGAAGACUCGCAGGUGCAACCAACGUUUGUGCCAGAGACGAACUCUCCCAGGGAAAGCCUAGGAUCGGAACAUCCUCACAGGCACCAUCACGGGGAAGAGUCUAUCAAUUGGAAUACGGAGGAGAUCGAGGAAAUGAUUCCAAUGGUGAACCAGACGAACGUAUCGGAGAACGCUGUGAACAGAACGACCACGGACACGUCCUCCGGCACAACAACCACUGAACUUACAUCACCACCAUCAACCACCCCAACAACAACCACCGUCAUGACGUUUACCUCAACAACAACCUCGACAACCACCACCCAACAACCACCGUCAACGGCCACUGGUACCACCACCACUAGCACAACAACGACUACCACAAUAGCCGAUACAACAACAACAACUAGCGUACCGACCACCAUUGCACCGACGACAGAACCAUCGCGGCCAGAGACCACCGAGGAGUGGAUGGAGAACACCAGACACGAGAACGAAUCUAUAAACGUCUCGUCCGCCAUUAUUCCAGAAACCACCACCACCACCAUCCUCCCUUCGGUAAUCGUUCCUCAUUCUAGCACAGUUGGAACGCCCACGACCGUCGUCGAGAGGACGGAGACGGACGUCAACGGUGGUACCGUGAAUACCACCACGGAGGAGCCAACGGAACAUUCGUCAGUGCCCAUGAUGAAUCAGACCACUACUACUCAAGUACCCGUCACAACACUCUCACACAACAUGACAACUUUCGUGCCCACGAUUACCAGUACACAAGCAACAACACUUGUGAAGAACAUCACCACAACACCCAUGACAACGCCCACACAAAUGCGAACACUACCACCUACCACAUCCACCACCGACACGUACAUUGAAAUGACUCCAACCAUCGUCAACACAACAACAUCCAGCACCACCAUCAGUAUGACCGUCAGCACUCCGACAACGACCAACGCGACCGUCGAACCACCCAGAGUGAACACGGUGACCGUGGAGUACAAGCCUCAAAACUUCCCGCCGAGACAGGACAGAAGAUUGAAGAAGAUACCGGUGACCGCUGGAAAACCAUUGAGCUACGUCAUACCAUCCAACACGUUCAGCGACCUCGAGGAUGGGGACACCAGGAGUCUGAGGCUGAACUUGUACUUACAAGGAGCGCCUCUAAAGAGCACCCAUUGGCUUCAAUUCAAUCAGAACACGCAGGAAGUUUAUGGACUCCCAUUGGAGAACGACAUAUCAACCUGGACGUACGAAUUGGUCGCCGCUGAUACCGAAGGCCUGAACGUGACCGAUAGGCUGGACAUUCACGUGCAACAGCACAAGCUCAGUCGCAGCGUGAAUCACGAGUUUAGUAUUUACCUGAGGAUCGAGAAACGUACAGAUUUUCCCACCGACGUGGACUGGGAACUGAAGGUGAUUCGAAGUAUAGCCGAAGUGUACGGAGAUAGCGAUACCAGACACAUUACCGUUCGAUCGGUGGACAUCGAUCGCGAGCAAGCUAUUUUCACUUGGACCAACGAUAGUUUGCCAAGGAGCAGCGAGUGUCCCAAGGAAUAUAUCGACAACCUGUUGAACGUGCUGAUCGACAGAACCGGUGAUCCUAGCGCAGCGUUGAGGACCGUUCUUCAACCCGAGAUCAGGGUGAAGAGAGUGAUCUACCAGGGUAUUGGACAGUGCGAAGACAUAGGUCGUCCAGAGCCGCCUAAAGUUUCCACUCAGGAGCCUAAGUCCAACUUCCCGCCAGUACCGAGGAAUCAAGUGGACCUGGUUAACGCUACCGUUGGGCAGCUUCUCGUGUUCAAAGUGCCGGAGGAUACCUUCUACGACGCUGAGGACGGUUCUGCACGAAACAUGCGGAUGUCUCUUUUGACUAUCGACCGCACGCCUAUCCCACCCCACGAGUGGUUGCAGUUCGAUGGCAAGAACCAGGAGUUCUAUGGCGUCCCUAUGCGCAGUGAUGUUGGACGCAAGGAGUACCAACUGGUUGUCACCGAUAAAGAUGACGCGAGUGCCACGGAUGGCCUAGUCGUAGUCGUCCAUCCAGCGCCCCUCGUGCACCAUACGGUCGAGUUCUCGAUGACCUUGGACAUCCCAUACGAGUCCUUCGCGCACUCCGCCCUGCAGAAGCGUAACUUCAUCGAGAAGUUGCGCGAUCUCUACCAAGACAGAGACACCUCCGCCAUAUCGUUGCACAGUAUAUCGAACGGUAGUACGGUGAUCACGUGGCACAAUAGAACCCUUCCCACGUCGUACUGCGCGCACGAGGAGGUGACCAGACUACGAGCUGUCCUGGUGAACGAUAACGAUCGUCGAUCGGUGACGGACGAGGUCCUGGACAUCAUGGGCCAGAAGUUCCCCGUUAAACAGAUCACGGUGGUCCCGAUGGGCAUCUGCGUGGGCGAAGUACCACCCCACGUUCACUCGCCGGAUAACAACGUUCCACCCGUGGACGAUUCCACCUCGGUCGGGGCAUUCCACGACGACUAUCUGAUCACAUUCGUUCUGCCCGCUAUAAUCAUAGCCGCGAUGCUCAUUCUGGCGGGCAUAAUCGCCUGCGUGCUCUACAGACGAAGACGUAGCGGGAAGAUGAGCGUCAGCGAGCAAGACGACGAGAGACAGAGCUUCCGCAGUAAAGGGAUACCGGUGAUCUUCCAGGACGAACUGGAUGAGAAGCCAGACCCAGGUAACAAGUCGCCGGUCAUUUUGAAGGAAGAGAAACCACCCUUACCACCCCCCGAAUAUCAGAAAACCGAGGACGGAGCGGACGUGCCGAUGUUGCCAAAGGAGAAUUCAGAGGAACCGUACCAGCCGCCGCCGCCAUUCGCCACGAACCGCGACACCAAUCGUCAGAAUCGUCCCAAACCUACCCCAACGUACAGGAAACCCCCUCCUUACGUACCCCCCUAACAAAAUACGGUCCAUUCGCCCACGCGCAAAUAUAUGCUAGCGAUGCUCGGAGACUCCCCAAUACACACGCAAAACCAAAACAAUUAUCAGAAGAAACCUCAGCUCGCCGUUGACCUCGACGGCUGUGGAUCUCUGAACGUAUACAGCAAUCUCUAAGGCUUUCGUUCGUCCGGUAUGAUCGGUACAUCGUAGAUGAAAAGAUAUUCACGUUGAGAGAAAA